CGCGCAAUUCAAAAUGGCGGAAAGGAGAGGAAGGUCAAUGAAGAGAAAAAUCGAAGAAGUCGAGAAAACUGAAAGUCACGAAAAGCAAAGUAACAUUAAGCGAUUUUUUGGAGCCUCUAAAGUAGGUAGGAAAUGCUUGAUUUCAAUUUUAUGUUUUUUUAUUCCUGCAAAUCAGAACAGAACCUGAUUAGAGACCACCCACCGUAGUGGCAGGAAAUAAAAUACUAUUAAUAAAUUACAGAGUUAAACUGUUAUAAACACCAUACACCUAUGAAAUUUUAAGUAGUGUAAAAGCCACUACAGUGGAGAUUAAAGCAUGACAUGAUAUAUGCUGUGAUUCAAGGACAUUUUAACCUUUGGUUCAAUUUUGACAGUUUCUAGCAAUCCCCCAUUUGGUUUGGUUUGGUUUGUUGUGUACAGCUUGCAAUAUAAUCCGUUAUACCCCAAUGUUCGCAAACAAAUUCCCCACACUGAUCUCCAAACAAAUAUUAAAGGAUUAGUUGAGAGAAUUUGUUUCAAGAUCAAGGCAUUUUCCCCAUAAUGAUUCUAUUAAUUCUUACAACCUUUUCUUACCACAACAUCUACUUUGCAAGGGAAAAAAUGAGGUUUUCACUCCCCCACUUCAUCCCUGAGUCUCAGCUUGAACUUAUUUUUGCAAAUUGCUGGAAAAAUCGCAACAAUUAGAACCUGCAAAAGUUUUGUGCCACAUUUAAGUCUCAUACCCAGCCUAUGCUUUGCAUUUUUAGAAGAUAAUUCAAAAAGCACUGGGAUUUCAAAGCCUGAUGGCACAGGCAACCAAGAGCCUCCUUGGAAGUGGAAAGAAACUUUACUGUACUUUGAAUCACCAAGCAUCCAACCUUCAAACAGAAUUGCAAGUUUUGAUUUUGAUGGAACUUUAGCUAAGACAUCUUUAUUCAAGCACGGCGCUGAUGCGUGGUCUGUACUGUAUCCUACGUGUGUACAGAAGCUGACAAAAUUGUACAAGGCAGGAUAUAAACUUGUAAUUUUCACCAAUCAGGCUGCUAUAGGCAAAGCUAAGGCUACAAAGGAGAGGGUUAUAGCUGAAAAGAAAGGCAGACUUGCAGGAUUUGUCAACAAGGUAGGAUGCACAUAAGUUAAGCAUGCAAUAUUGACUUGUUAUUAUUUUUCUUUACACAAAGUGAGAAUGCUCAGAUGUAUGUUGGCAAAGAAUUCAGUGGACUUUAAGGCAUGCAAAUGGAAUGAAACAUAUUUAACUUUCCAGGGUUACAAAAUAAUAUUGGUUUUAUCUUAUUAACAUAUAUGACACAGACAAUCAGUCACUAUUUGUAGCAAAUGGCAGAGAAAUAUAUAUUUUGUGAGAUUUAUUUGUCAUAAUGAAACUGCUGCUCCUAGAAGUACAUUCUCAUGCCAAGCUUCUAGAGUGUAAAUAAUCGAGGGAAGAUCAUGAUGGCUUACUCUAUUUCUUCAUUGUUGCAUUGAAUCAUUGAAGAUGCAACAAUAUUUUCCCCUUGUUUAUACCAAAUGAUUUUGCUAAGUAAGCUGCUAGUGCUGUUAUUGUUGAUGAGGCAAUACAGAGCAUUUUAAUUUGAUGAUGAUGGUUACGAUGAUGAAGAUGAUGAUGACAAUGAUGAUGUUGUUGUUGUUGUUGUUGAUGGGGAGGGAACAUAGUCAAAUAUCCUCUAAACCAAAAGAAAAUUAUACAACUCAAUUGUAAAACACAGUUAAUGGAGCGUGACGCCCUCAAUUAACAACAUGUAAUGCAGUGUUAUGCUAUAGCCCUUAUCAAAUCUCAUAGAAGUUUACUUGUAGUGGGUAAAAGUACUGGAUAGUGCAUAAAAUCACGGCUAUAGCUGGGAAAUUACUGAUACAAUAGCAAUCCUUGUUUUUGUUGCAGUUGGGGCUAGUUUGUAAUGUAUCGCUUGUUUUGUAUGGCUAGUAAAAAUAAUUUUCCUCAUGCAUAUCUCGUGGAGCACUUUAGGUGCACGUUCUAUUCUGUAGUACAGCAUUUUUCAUUGGCUUACCUUGGGAUAGCACUCGGACUAUAAAAGGCCUAGUAAAAGUCCUGUGUCUCAUUCCGAACUGUAUUGCUAAAUUGGUUACUUCAACCGUCAUAAAGGAACUAAAACAUUAACAAAGGUUUUAUUUAUUUUUAAUUAUUGUCAUGAAGUAAUGGUUCCUUUUUCAGGUUGGUCUUCCAUUCCAAAUACUUGUGGCAACAACAAAGGACGACUAUCGCAAACCCAAUACAGCAAUGUGGGAGUUCUUCUGUCAGAACUGUAAUGGGGAUGUCAAAAUUGACAAAGAGAAGAGUUUCUUUGUUGGUGAUGCAGCAGGAAGAAGAAAAGAUCAUAGUGCAAGUGAUAAAGAAUUUGCAACAAAUUGCGGACUGAAAUUUUAUACCGAGGAUGAAUUUUUUGAAAAGGAUAUACUUGAACACAAAGAUUAAUUAGGUCUUUUAACCCCUUAUAGUGCCCAGCACUUUGGUCUUCUCCUUAUAAAUAUCUGCUUUAUUAAUUGUAUUUAUUAUAAGAAUACAGAAAAAUAUUCACCAAACUUAAAACCUUUUUACUUCUACAAAAAUAGUUUCCUUAACAAAAGGUAUUCAGAACAGG